CGAAUCUUCACGAGCUUCAGGCGCUCUUGUAGAGUGCCACCCAUGGUCAAGACGGUUAAGGGCUGGCUCCCGAGAUUGUUUCAAGCAAUCCAGCUCUUUAUCUACAGAAUGGUCAAGCGCGUACGUCGCAUAGUGAGCGGCCAGACCCAAGUUGCAAGAAUAUGCGGCGAGGGAGGCUCGGCCAACGGUCAGGCCGUUGUGCAUUCUGCUGCCAUGACAAUUGCGCUGUGGAAGGAGUGGGCAACUUCAAAGAAGCUGCACCAGCUCUUCGUUGAUCGCGCGCAGGACCCGGCCAUGGACAUUAAUGACACCGCCGACCAAAUCUGCGGAACUAAGAAAAUAUCCGACACGCCGGUCGUAACUGAAAACCUGAAAAGGUGCUUGGGAAACAUCAAAGUCGUGAACAAGUUCAUUGUCUCGGUGCAAGCGCAUUCGUCGAAAAGCUUUGACAAAGACAACGCGGAGCACGAAAGUAAGCUGGAGGAACUCUGGGAGCUGUUGCGACCCGGGACGAAGCGGGAAGGCGGGCGUUACUCAAAGGAGUGGGGCCGAAUAGGAUUCCAGCAGUCAGACCCCGCGAGCGACUUCCGAGGUGGGGGAAUGCUAGGCCUUGACCAGCUGCUUUACUUUGCACGCACGCGAACAUCGGUUGCGCGGCGCAUGAUCUCGGAGCCGUCGACGGAGACGAAGCGGUAUCCAUGGGCGUGCGUGGGCAUCAACCUGACGAUGGAGGCGAAGCGGAUUCUGGAGGAACGGAUGCUGGAUGGGCAGUUGUAUGGCAUUUCAAACAUGAGAGCGAUGGUGAUUUUUAAUGAGCUGUAUGCGAAUAUGUUUGAGAUUCUGCACGCACGGUGGAUUGCGGCUAAGCCUGAAAAUGUGCUUGCGUUUCCGCCGGUUUUGAAGGAGGCUCUCGAGGCUAUUAAUAGGGAGGUGGCGGAGACGGGCUCCCUCGUUCCGCCAGGGACGAGUGCGUGAGAGAUUAGACCAGGGCCGCAGAUAGAAAGGUUUUAAAUGGAGGAACGAACGUGUUGCGACUUGAAUGGCGCUCGAUGCGGGGUGGGUCCUGUUUCCGUUGAGUUGCAAUCUGUGAGAAUGAGGGGCGAGAGUACAGCGUCGACUCUGCGAGUGUUGAGGUAGGCCCCGUAGUAUGGGCACGUAUACUGUUAUAGUAUGGGGAACCUAGAUGCUCAGUAUUGGCCUAGAUGGUGUGCUAGUAUACAAGUUUUGUACGUUUCUGAGUGUAGCACCGCUCAAAGUUGUCAGUUUAAGUAGGAGCAAGGGUGUUUCUAUAAAGGUCUAUGAGGAGGAG